CUCCUCGAUUUAAUGGUUUCGUCGUUGCUAACGGGACACCGGUUGCAUUGCACCCUUUCUGUUGCCCCUGUUGCAAUAGGCGGACGCUUCUCGACACUUUGCUGCCUUGGAAGCCUCGACCAUGCAGGAAGCUCUCGUAUCUCCGGCCAAUGCCGGCCGCCUUCGCUUUCGCUCGGCCUUGGAGCUCAAGCCGUUCGCCUUCGGGGACCAGCGCCUCGCCUCGCCGCGCUACCUCAACCUCAACCUCAACCUCGGCGGCGCCGAUGACGCGCUGUUCCGCUGCUCGUCGCCGACGUUCAGCCCCAGCUUCGGCUUCUCCUCCUCGCCGUCGCCGCUCGCCACGUCCUCCGUCUCGCUCUCGCCGACCUCCUCCGCCUCCCUCGCCGACGACGGCUGCGACGGCGCCGGCACCGACGCCGACGCCGACGCCGCCACGGGCCACACGCUCCGGCUCGCCCGCCUCGCGCUGCAGUACCAGGAGGUGGCCGACCGCUACGAGCUCUGCCUCGCCCGCCUCGCCGACGCCGCGGACGACGCGGCGGCGCUCCGCCGCGAGAACGCCGAGCUCCGCAACGCCAACGCCGACCUCACGCGCCGCCUCGCGCUCCUCAGCGGCAUUGGAAAGCAGGUCGCCGCCGCCGCCGCCGCCGCCGAGGAGGCCCGCCGGCUCCGCUUCGGGGAGCCCAAGGCCGUCCCGGCCGCCAAGGAUUGCGCUACCGAGAAGCCCGCCGUGCUGCCGCCCAAGAGCAUUUCCGUCCGCUCCAUUGACUUCCUCCUCAAGAUGAACCAGCCCAAACAGGUACAGCCCCCCGCCACCACGCCGGCCGCAAGCAACCGCAAGCAUCGCGCGUCCAACCCGACCAAACCAAGCUCGCGCGUGUACAAGGGCAAUGGCGGUGAAAAAAAAGACGAGGAAUUACCCAAGGAGCAACACGCGGCGGGCGGCGUGGAGCUGGAGGUGUUCAACCAGGGCAUGUUGAAGACGGAGCUGUGCAACAAGUGGGAGGAGACCGGGGCGUGCCCCUACGGCGACCAGUGCCAGUUCGCUCACGGCGUCGCCGAGCUCCGCCCCGUCAUCCGCCACCCACGCUACAAGACCCAGGUCUGCCGCAUGGUGCUCGCCGGCGAGGUCUGCCCCUACGGCCACCGCUGCCACUUCCGCCACACGCUCACCCCCGCCGAACGCCUCCACCUAGCCUGCCCUUAGCAAUGGCAGGCACGCGGCAGAGCGCAGCCAAGGCCAGCCUUUCGCCGCGCUGGAACCGUUGGUUUUUGUUUCGUCUAAAGUCAGCAAGUGCAGUAUGUAAAUCACACGAAAAAUGUAUAAAAAUACGAACAGCAAUGUAAAUAAGAUACUUGCAUACGAUCGAGUAACACACAAAAGGUCAUACUGUAAUUCAUAAACUAAACCUGAUGGUAGGAUUAGUUUUCGUGCUAUGUGAAUAUUCAUACACAAGGACAAGAUUGCUCACCGUCAAUCAGCUGUGGGUUAUCAGGUGCUUAAAAUGUGUCUUCUGUUUAUGUAAUUUUUUAAGGAUAUGUAAUCUAUUUUUUUUGUUGGGUUGGUGGGGGUUGGGUAGUAGCUGAUCGAACGUUUAUUUGA